AUCACACCCAUACUUGCGCCACCCGCUUCGCCAUGGAGACUGCUUCCAUGAGUCGAAUUGCAGAUGCAGAAAACGAGGAUGGUGAGGAUCGCAACCCUCCCUUUGGGCUAUUUCCCGCUGAGCUGAAGCCUCUACAGAAAGUCAUUGAAGAGAUCCGCUCAGAGGUGUCAGUUGGGAUAGAUGUUGCGGUGAAGAAAGCGCAGUGAAAAGCGCGUGAACUCGAAGAUACUUUCCCGGCACUCAGCGAAGACGAACGAGCAAUGAUCUCGCUAUACACAAUGGAAUUGCAUCCCAAAGAGCGCUCCGUCUAUUUUGCCAUGAAUGCAGCUCUUAGAGAUAGAGAGCGCGAAGCAGUCAAGGUCUGGAGAUCCGCGAUUUGGCUGCUGGUCACAGCGAUGAACAAGCUCCCACGCGAGAAGGAAACCGUCUUAUACAGGGGAGUCAAAAAGGCCGCUGCAGAGCUAGGAAGGCAGUGCGAGAAGGGCAAGGUCUUUCUGUGGUGCGGGUUCAGCAGCACAACAAGCCAUGUCGAAGGCCUUCAAGCCUUUCUGGGCACAAGCGGGCCACGCACAAAGUGGACUCUGAAGUUGCGGCCGGGUUUCUAUGGUGUUGACAUCCGCCUGUUUUCCUUCUUUCCCAAAGAGUUCGAAGUCCUCCUGCCUCCGCAGCUGGAGUUCGAAGUGAAAUCCGUGCUGGACUGCGGCAACGGCUUCAUAGAAGUACAAUGCGUGCAACUGGAGGAGACAGAUCCAAUACUUGACUUCGUGCAGGCCCAGGUCUGCCAAGCUUCACCUGGAUAUCCCAGCAGAUGCCCCGAACUUCAGGUGACGAGUGCACCAGAGGCGGCACCUCCCGGUUCGGUGCAUUCGACCAGUGCUGCGGUUGAGCCGAGACUUCGUGGACGCGCGUCCAAGGAAUCAAAGACUCCUGUCGAUGUUUCUGGCUGGAACCUCCAUGGGGCCGCGAAGAAGGGCGAAGUUCACAUCCUCAAAGCGCUGCUGGAUGGCGGUGCCGACAAGGAGAGGAAGAACCAGCAUGGUGAAACUCCCUUGCACAUGGCAGCAGAAAAAGGCCAAGUGGGAACCCUCAAAGAACUCCUUGCUGCCGGCGCAGAGAAGGACGCCCGGACCGAUUCGCGUAAAACUCCACUGCAUGUGGCAGCAGAAGAAGGCCAAGUGGAAGCCCUCAAAGAGCUUAUCGUCGCCGGCGCAGAGAAGGAAGCCCAGACUAUUUUUUGUGAAACUCCCUUGCACCUGGCAGCAGAGGAAGGCCAAGUGGGAAGCCUCAAGGAACUCAUUGCAGCUGGGGCAAAGAAGGAAGCCGUGAAACAAGUGGGUGAAACUCCAUUGCACUUGGCAGCAAGGAAAGGCCAAGUGGAAACCCUCAAAGAGCUGCUUGCGGCUGGUGCAGAGAAGGAAGCACGGAACAUUUUCGGUCAGACUCCCGCAGACCUGGCGCGCGAAAAGGGCCACGCAGCGAUCCUGGAGCUGCUGGAGGCGCCGCAAGCCCGUCGUGCAGACCUAUCAGAGGCCAUACAUGUGGACGUCUCCGGUUGGAACCUGCACGAAGCUACAAAAGAAGGUAAGAUUGGCAUUCUCAAAGCCCUGCUGGAUGGCGGUGCUGACAAGGACAUGAAGAACAAGUUUGGUGAAGCACCAUUGCACGUGGCAGCCGAAAAGGGCCAAGUGGGAGCUCUCAAAGAACUGCUUUCUGCUGGCGCAGCCAAGGACGUCCAGAAGAAUCUGGGGGAAACGGCCUUGCACGUGGCGGCCGAACAGAACCGAGUGGAGGUGCUGAAGGAACUCCUGGCGGCCGGCGCUGCGAAGGAAGUCCCGAACUAUUUGGGUGCAACACCAUUGCACGGGGCGGCGAGAUAUGGCCAAGUGGAAGCCAUCCAAACACUCGUUGCUGCCGGCGUAGCGAAGGAAGUCCAGAACACAGGGGGUGAAACGCCCCUGCACUGGGCCGCCAGGUUUGGCCAAUGGGAUGCCCUGAAAGAGCUCCUUGCGGCCGGCGCAGCGAAGGAAGCGCGGAAUCACGUGGGUGAAACGCCACUGCAUGUGGCAGCGGAGAAUGGCCACUUGCACAUCCUCAAAGAGCUCCUUGCGGCCGGCGCUGCGAAGGAAGCGCGGAGUAAUUUGGGGACGACGCCGGCCGAGCUGGCGCGAGCGAACGGCCACGCGGCGCUCGUGGAGCUCUUGGACGCCCCCGACGGAGAGGUGGUGGAACCGAGGAAAAGUCCGACAAACACCGCCGGAGCCUUUUUUCGCCAGACUGGACCGAUUUGAGCAAAAGAGGAGUUUUCGCAAGUUUGAGAGUGUGUGGCGCAACUGUGGUGCAAUUGUGGUGCGAUCCCACCUCUUUGGCAUUCCUUUUUCAGGUUGUGUACUCGAUGGACCACGGCCACGGACGGACCAGCCCAGGGAGUUGUGACGUAUCCAUGUCACAACAUUGUCCAGAGUGAAAUCAUGUCCAGAGUGGUUUGGAAAUCUUUGGAAGAUCAUUUCUUUUCGGCUGGACAUGAAGUGGGCACCUCAAGGACUAAGGACCACCACUUGGGCAACCCUAGGACUUAUGGUGGUCCAGUUUCAUAAAUUUCCCAUGUCCAGUCUUGACAAUUCUGCCAGGCAGCAAAGAACUGAAGAGAAGAGCAGUGCCUGCACCUUCGGCACGUGUUCACUCUUGCGCCUUCGGUUGACCUGGAACAUAUGGGCCUCUCUUGCCAUUUACAAGAUAUGUUCCUCAAGUUGUUCCUCAAUGUUUUUGGGCAAGCCAGUCAGAAAGCAGCAGUUGAGUGACACUUUCCGGAGUUGGGAAGAGCAGGGUUCAGAUCGCAUGGGGAGUCAGUCGCGUGUUGUUCAGAAAAGCGCAGCAGACAUUCAGGUGGCUUUUCGUGACGUUUUCAGGUGACGUUUUUUUUGGCUGCAGUGACAGUGAGAUGGAAGAGUUUCCUUGCAUGGAUGAUGCCGGACGGUGGCACCUGUGGGUUCCAAAGGAAUUUGCGAAGUCCCAGUGUUAGACUCUAAGACGAUACAUGGCACUAUGAUCCCCUGGGAACUGGUUCAAUCACUGCGGAAAGGUCACUGGAUGGGCAUCUUUACUCCAAAACGGUCAUGAACUGAAGAAGUUGGCGUAGAAUACUUUCAAUGAAAGAAAAGCAUGUGUUCUCUAUUCCAUCCAGGUCUAUGUGUCUCUCUCUUCCGCUCGUGGCUCGGACCGUCGGAGCGGUCGCGCGGUGCCCGAAAACCAGCCAGGUCGGCACGGUGCCGACCGAGUCGGUCUCGUUUUCCGCUCUAAGUUUCGUGGGAUGUAACGUUCAAGAAGGUCACAUCGUUUAGCGCUUGUACCUCCAGUGCUUCCGCUUCGAUGCUUUUUGGGUGCGAUCCUGUGCUUGUGGCAACAGCGGAAAAGGACAGUGUUUCUUGCUUUUUUAUUCAUGAUACUGCGGUACACUUGUGAUGGUGUGCGCAACAAUAUCUAGUAAGCAGACCAUGCACUUCUUUUUUAAAGUAGGAGCAAAUUUCAGAGGAAGCAGUGUCACAUGAACUAGCGUAGCGGAAGACAAACAGUAACGCGCUACAGCUUCCCACAGCCCUCAGCAUUCCCCUCAGUACGGAUUGGACCUCUUCCACGAUGUUCGAAAGGCACUGCCAGCGAAGAUGGCUGUGCCGUGCCGCGCCGCUGCGUAUUCUGACGGCAGCUGGUGGUGGC